GGUUCUCUCCCCUCGUCUAUCCUGCCGACCGUAUCGUGGAAUCGUGGUUCCGUUUACAUCGGUUUACAAAGUACAGACGGCCGACGGGGAAUAAAAAAAAGAUAUAAGCAGUUAGUAAUAUGUCAUUCGGUUUCGCGACUUCGCGAUCUUGUAUGCGCGCCGUGCUCCGGUGAUCCGCGUAUCCGUGUCCACGACGUUGGACCCAUGUCCCGUCUUUCGGUCUGAACCCGACGCCUCGCCGUGCCCGUCGCCCGCGCCGGAUAUCCAAGCUCGCGGGUGCUCCUGUGGCCGCCACUGCAGCUGCCCGCCGGUUCGUCCGUCGUCCGCACGACGGGCCCGGUCCACAGUCAUCCCCGUCCACGCCCGGGCGGCCACCGCCACCGGAUAUCCAUGCUCGUGCAAAUGGCCGACUUUGGACGUGGGCCAGUUAUGUAAGGGGCCCCGCCGCACGACAGUGACGACACACCGCCACCGCCGCCGCCGCCACCACUACCACCACCUCCACCACCUUCCCGCCCGCGCACGUCACUGUGAGUGGCACCGCAUUACUAGUCGUCGUCGUCGUCGUCGUCGUCACUCGGCAGUGACUUUGGACACAUAAUCAGACUUCGCCCGGAACGGAUAGCGGCUGCGUCGCGCAAAGGAUAUAACCAAAGUACUAUUGUCACUUAAAGGAAAACUUUUUACAUUUUAUUUUCUAUAUUGAACCAGUAAACAUGUUUGUUGAGAGUAUUAAUUUCUUAACAAUUCUAUUUUAAAAAUGGAAUCCAAUAAGUCUAUACAAAAUAAUAAAAUGUCACGAUUACAUCACAUUCAACCAGAAGUAUCAAUUUUUGCUGUUUCUCCAAAUCCUCCUCCCAAACCCAGGAAAAUUAAAAGUGAACCUCCUCCUUUAAAACCAGCAAUAUGGCCUUCCAAGCAACCUGCAGCAUCUAUGCAAUUACAACAAUUUUUAAAAGCGCAGCGUUUGAGUCAAAAGCAACUUGUUCAAAGGGGGCCUCCACCACCACUUAACAAAAUGCAAUAUUUUGCUAAUGAUAGCCGUACAGAGUAUCAAAAACAACAACAGGCAAUGCAUCAAAAAAUGAUGCAGCAACGUGCCAUAAUCAGUAACCAUACUAACAAUAAUAGUAUACGGGAAGAUUCUCCAAACCCAAUGGAUUUUCUAGAGAUUGGAGUUCAUGCUGAUAAUUGUAUUAUAAAUAAUAUUCCGAGGGAUAAACCAAGAUCAAAUUUUAAAUUGGGAGGAAGUAUAUCACAAUCAGAUUCUGGUAGUCGUCGCAAGAAUGCUAAUCCAAGAAAAGUAGCUCGAGAAAAUGAAAUUGAACCACCAGGACCCAGUGAUCAUUUUCUGCUUUCUCAGAUUAAACAAGAAAAUCUUCGUCAAUCCUGUUUGUUAUGUGAACGGAAUUUUAGCAACAAAAAUGAUCUAAGUCAACAUAUAUCUGAAGUGCAUGGUAUUGAACCUUCAGAUUUACAUAAACUUAAUGGACAUUUAGGUGAAGACGAAGAGCUUGCUGAAAGUAUGAUGGAAGCUGAAACUGUGUUUUUUUGUGAAGUAUGUACUAGAGAAUUUCAAGACAAAGCUAGUCUUUGGUUACAUAUGGUUAGAGGUCACAAACAGGAAGCUGCAGUGACAUGUGGAGUGUGUAUGAAAAUUUGUAGUGAUAGUAAAUCUUUAAUGGAGCAUGUAAAUAUCCAACAUCCUAAAAAUUGUGAUACCGCGGAUUCCGUACAACGUAGGUAUAGAUGUCAAGUUUGUGCUCGGCAACAUGAUACCAAGAAAAAAAUGAUGAGACAUGUGGUCAUCCACACAGUAUACGAUAAUGAUGGUCAAAUUAUUGAUCCUGAUAAAUUAAUUAUAAUUAACAAUAAUUUUCAUCCAACUAAAUCUUCAAAUAAUGAACAUUACACAAUUAGCUGUCAAGUCUGUCAUAAAGUAUUUCCAAGUGAAGAAAAACUUUUACGACACAUGUCUUCUGUUCAUCUGAUGACUGGUUGUGAUGAUAUGAUUACCACAACGGCUGUUACAACCACCGGUAAUUCUCAAAGUAGUUUUGUGAAUCGCUGUGAAUUAUGUGGUGAAUCAUGUGGUUCUCGUACAGAAAAAUGGUGGCAUGUUCUUAAAGAGCACGGCACUAAUGAAACACUUAUAUGUCCAAAACCAGACUGUAGAAAGUUAUUUGUUUCACAAUCUUUACAAAUUGAACAUCAAUCUCAUCAUGAAACCCAAGGUGAACUUCCUAAUACUUGUGAAGUAUGUGGUCGGUUAUGGCCUAAUAGAAAUGAUUUUUACAAACACAUAAUGGCUGUACAUGCCGAAUGUAUGCCUUUAUUAUGUGGUAUAUGUCUAAAAGUUCAUGUGGAUGUACCAAAACUCAGAGAACAUAUAAAAGAGAAACACGAACCUUUAGUAUCCAAGGAGAAUGCUAUUUAUUGUGAUAUAUGUGGUCGCACUUAUACCAAAUGGUCAAAAAUGAUGAGGCAUAGAUCAAUUCAUAAUGUUGAAGACCAAGUAUCUCAUUUUGUAACAGAUCAAUUAACUGAAGUGAAUCUAAAAUGUACAUUAUGUCCUGAUACUGAAUUUAAAACUGUCGAAGAAAUAUCUGAACACAGAAAGAAUGACCAUCAACUACAUGUAUGUGAUCUUUGUUCAAAAUAUUAUAGUGGAAACAAUCAUUUAUGGAAGCACGUUAGUAGACAACACAAAGGUCAUCCAGAUGUCACAUGUAGCUUAUGUGCACGUACAUCUGCUUCUAAAGUUCACCUUAAAAGGCAUAUGAUCAAAUAUCAUUCUGAUCCGGUAGAUCAGCUUAUAGACAAGUCAAAUAAUAGUAUUUGUGCUGAAUUAAAUGCUAUUCACCAAUGUAUAAGAUGUGAUAAAGUAUUUAGGAUUAGAAGUUUACUGAAGAAACAUCUUAAAUAUUGCAAAGGUAAAAGAGAUGUAAUGCCAAUUCCCAAAGAAAAAGGUCAUUAUCCUUGUACAAAAUGUGGUAAAACAUUUGAAUAUCAAACUUAUUUAAAUAGACAUUUGAAGCAUAGUCACUUAGUUCAAUACUGUGAGAUAUGUUCCGAGGAUAAAACUGGUGAACAUUUUGAUAAUAAAAUGUUAUUAAUGGAUCAUAUCAGAGAAAAACAUGGAAACGAUCCAGAGUUGUGUUGUGAUGUUGAAGGUUGUGACAAAGUUAUGAGAACAAAAGUUGAUUGCCAGAAACAUAAACGUGAUCAUGUUCGUAAAGUAUUUUCAUAUGUUUGUGAGUUUUGUGGAGAUAUGCAUUCAAAUAAAAAAACCUAUAGAAAACACUUAAGGCAGCGACAUAAAGAAAAUACUCAGUAUUUAUGUGGUGUCUGUAUGGAAGUAUGUGUAGACAAUGAUGGUUUAUCAAAACACUUACAUGAAGCACACCCUCAGACAUUUUCAAAGUCAAAUAUUUGUCAGAUUUGUGGCAAAAUGUUUACUCUUGGAAGUAAAGUUGGAGAACACAUAGAUAAAAUUCAUGGUAAAAAUUUAAAACCUUGCAAAAUCUGCUGGAAAGUAUUCAGCGAUAUGGAUAAACUUAAAGAUCACAUUGAAAAUCAUCCAGCAAAAGAGGAAUUCCCCAAAGUAGUUACUCCUGUGAAAAAACCAAUAGAACCAAAACCAAAAACUCCCAAACUAUAUGGUCUUCCUAAAGAACUCGCUGAGCUUGGUUUCAAUGAAGAGCAACAGGAGAGUUUGAAACGAGAUAUAGAUGACGUUACUUCAGAUAUAAAUACAAAGAGACUGAGAAAAUUACAUUCUUGUACAGUUUGUUACAAAAGUUUUAGAUUUGAAACAGAUUUAUAUGAUCACAAACGAGAAGAGCAUUCGAUUAUUGAAGACAGUUAUAUGGAAGAAGAAACUGAGCGCAAGGAACAACAGCCAUCUUCUAUACCAAAAAGUAAUAAAACCGUGUGUGGUAUAUGUAAAAAAGAAUGGAUAAGUUUGAAACAUUUUUGGCAACAUUUGAUAAGAGCUCAUCGCACAGAAGCUGCAUUCGUCUGUGGUAUUUGCUGUAAAAUCACUAAAAAUUAUGAUGAGUUAGCUUUACACUUAGAUAAUCACCAUCCAAAUGCCACAGUUUUGUCGUUAUUUGCUUGCGAUGUUUGUGGUCGCAAUCAUAAUGCAUUUUCGAAACUACAAAAACAUCGUAUUAUACAUUCAACUGCACCACCUACGUUCCAAAAAUAUCAUUGUGAUGAAUGUGAACUAGUUUUUAAUUCAAAGUCAUAUGGAGAGAAACAUAUUUUGAGUCAUGGACCUGGUAGUAAAUUGUGCAAAGGUAAAGAUUUGUGUCAAGAAAUGGAUGAUGACAUGUUGGAUGAACAAAUUGAAGAGGAGGAAGAAGAAGAAGAAGAAGAAGAAGAAGAAGAUGGUGUAGAUGUUAAAAUUGAAAAUAAAGCUGACGAUGAAGAGGAGGAGGAAGAAGAAGAAGAGGAGGAGGAAGAUGUAGAACAAAACGAUGACGAUGGAGAUGAAGAUAAUGAUAAUGAUAAUGAACAAUUAGAUGAUGUUGAAGACGAAGAAGACAUAGAACAGAAUGCAGAAGAAGACGACGACGAUGAUGAACAAAAUGACGAUGUUGAUGCUGAGGAAGAUAAGGUAAAGGUUGAAGCAGAUGAUGACGAAGAAGAAGAUGUGGAGGAAAAUGGUGUUGAUGAUCAAGAUGACGAUGAAGAUGAAGAACAAGAAGAGGAAGAAGAUGACGAUGAUGAAGUCUAAUUUAGGUUCCUAUUAUUAAGUUAUUGAGUUUUUGGAGUUGUUGUGUAAAACCUGUUGUUUUUCUAUUUAUUUAAUUUAUACAAAGAACUUUUAGUGACCAAACCAUUUUGAAGUCGAUAUCUUUGAAAGAAUACAUAAUAUUAUUUAAAGACUGGUACCUAUACUGCCACUGACUGGCAAAACAAAUACAUACCUACCUAAUUCUUGGUAUCAUUACAUAUUGUAUAUACUUUUUAUACUUAUAAUAGGCAUGGGUUUUGUUCUGUGUAUUACAUUUUUAUAUUAAUAUACAUACAUAUAUAUAUAUA